CCUGCUUAGCAGUCUUCAUUGUACAUGGAUGUGAUAUCAAUUCCAAUGAGUGGAUGGAAGCUAAAUAUCAAAACAGAAAUAAUGACAUUCAGUGGAAGUGUUAACAUCGCAGUGCAUCAUAAUAUUUAUAAUAUAUUUGCGAUGGUAUAUAUUUAAGUAACCAACAAGCUUGUGUUGGAACAAAUCGUGUUGGAAUACUCAAUUUUAUAUCUAUAGGGCAUAUUAAGGAAGGGAGGCAAAUUAAGAACAGCUCUAGAGUAUAAGCGAAAAAAAGAUGUCUGGUUUAUUUGCACCAGAAUUUUUUUCUAUAGCACCCCCAUUGAUGGAUUUUGAACAAGAGCUUAUCUGGUUCAAUUUGACGGAAUCUUUCGCUCAAACGGUGGAGUAUGACAAAAGUAAUCAUAUCAGUACCAACACGAGAGAAUUAAUGGAUUUGGCUUUCGUCCAGGCCUUAAGUUCGCAGGAUCAAAAGCUGCUUUUGAAUGAGUUGGUUAAAAACCCGUUUUUUGUUUAUCAAAUUCGACUAACCCCGGAUAAGUUGCCGCGAUUGGUGGAGAACAAUCCUUUGAUUUCAAUCGAGAUUCUUCUGAAGCUCAUGAACUCUCCGGAAAUUACGGAGUACUUUCACGUUUUAGUUAACAUGGACAUCACUUUGCAUUCCAUGGAAGUUGUCAAUAGAUUGACUACAUCCGUGAAUUUACCGACUGAAUUCCUGCAUUUGUAUAUAUCAAACUGUAUUUCGUCUUGUGAAAAUGUUAGAGACAAAUAUAUGCAGUCUCGGCUGGUGCGUUUGGUGUGUGUUUUUCUGCAGUCGUUAAUCCGAAAGAAGAUUAUUAAUGUUAAGGAACUCUUCAUAGAGAUUGAAACAUUUUGCGUGGUUUUUAAUCGCAUCAAAGAAGCUGUGUCAUUGUACCAACUGCUCAAACACCUUGAAAUGGGAGAUGCUGGUCAAAACGCUGGAAACAAUGGUGGAGGUUCCAACACAACCUCGUCUUCGUCAUCUUCAAACAAAAGUGAAAAGAACCCAAUAGGCAAGUGACAUAAACGUAGAAGAUACAUUACACAGAUGAACGGUUAUUUUAUUCUUCGAAAGAUAUAUAUAUAUAUAUAUAUAUAUAUAGUACAUAAGUUAGUUAGAUAUGUGUGUACAUAGUCUGUAAGCUGAAUAAAAAAGUUUUCCUAGAAUAAA